CGGGCUUCUCUAUUGUUACAGGUUGUCUUUUCAAAAUUGAUAAAAGCUGAAGAUGGAUAUUAUGCGUGUGAAGGACUAUAUCUAUUGGCUGUACUACCAGUACCUCCUGAUCACCUGCAGCUAUGUGCUGGAGCCUUGGGAGCAGUCCAUGUUCCACACCAUCACUGUGACUGUUUUUGCUAUGGUGGUGUACACUGCUUACGUCUUCAUCCCCAUCCACAUCCGCCUGGCUUUUGAGUUCUUCUCCCAGAUAUUUGGAGGCCAGCCUGAAACUCCCAUUCACUGAGGCAAGCAAAGUACAUGUCUGCACCAGAGGAAGAUGAUCCAGUUUUCAGAGUGGAAAUAAUAUUUUAAUAACUGCAGGGAAGUCUGAAGCAUUUAAAUGAAACUUUUAUGCAGACAUCUCCUUUACAAAGAAGAAAUGAGAUUUACUGUAAUUGCCUGUGGGAAGUUUCUUCAACAAUGUAAGGUUGGUUUUGUUUGUUUUUCACUUUACAUCUAAAUCAAAUGUCAAUGCCAAAUUGCAAGCUAUAGCUAUGCAGCGCAUGUAUCUAACGGCUGGUGCUAAUGUUGCUAUAAGUGAAAGGUGUAAAAUGUAAAUAGCUUUCAAAUAAUGUUUGCAGAGAUAAAGGAUUAAAAACAAAGACUGUGUUCUCAACCUUAUCAGAAACUAAGUUUUUGAAGGCUGAACAGAUCUGAACAUGUGUAUGCAGUUUUUCAGAAACAAAAUGAAAAUCGUUUCUUAAUGAAACGAUACUUUAGUGCAUGACUUGGCUCUGUCUGUGCUUUCUUUUGGUUUGUAAAUAACCUAGAUGUGUGUGGUACAGGUCAAUAUCAUGGAAACAGAUGAUUUUUUUUGCUAAUAUUCUGGGGCAAGGUUCUACAAUUGCUCAAGUAGAUC